AACUAUUCCCCAUUUCUCAUCGCAUCACCAAUUUCUCACUCUAAACGCAAAAUUCGUCAAAUCCCCAACCCAAAUUUUCUCUCUCUAGAAAUGGCACCAAAGGCGGCAGAGAAGAAACCGGCGGAGAAGAAGCCCGCCGCCGAGAAGGCCCCAGCGGCGGAGAAAGCCCCGGCGGAGAAGAAGCCAAAGGCAGGGAAGAAGCUCCCCAAGGACGUGGGCGGCGCCGCCGCCGGAGAGAAGAAGAAGAAGCGGACGAAGAAGAGCGUGGAGACGUACAAGAUCUACAUAUUCAAGGUGCUGAAGCAGGUCCACCCAGACAUCGGGAUCUCGAGCAAGGCCAUGGGAAUCAUGAACAGCUUCAUCAACGACAUCUUCGAGAAAUUGGCCCAGGAGGCGGCGCGUCUGGCUAGGUACAACAAGAAGCCCACCAUCACUUCCCGGGAGAUCCAGACCGCCGUCCGAUUGGUGCUUCCCGGCGAGUUGGCCAAGCACGCCGUUUCUGAAGGUACCAAGGCCGUCACCAAAUUCACUAGCUCUUGAAUGAAAAGCGUUUGUUAGGGUUUGACUUUUGUUGUUCUGAGUAUCUAGGGUUUCGAAUUAGGGUUUCCUGUUCCAUUGUUGUUUGAUGUAAAGGAUUCUAAAUUUGGUAAUACUUGAUGUUUGAAUUCAAUUUUAUUGAUGUUUUAUUGUACUGCCAUUUGACAAUCAAAUUGAGGCUUACAUUUUA